AUGGCUGACAAAUCAGAGUCAAUGCUGGGAUGUAGGAGGCUGGGGCGGAGGGGGUGGCUGGGGGUCUUGGUGAUCCCGUUGGUGGUGGCUGCGUUUGUGUGCCUGAUUGUCUUCGCUGUCAGGGCCAACAGCACAGCCUGCAAUGAUGGCCUCCUGGCAGAGCAGGAGUGUCCCAAUGUCACCUGCCUCCUGGAGCUCCAGCUAAACCAAACCCGGCAAGACUUACUACGGACCAUGGACCAGGCUGCCACCUGCCACCAGACUGUGAUGAACCUGUCAGCUUCCCUGGAGAUGGAGAAGGCCCAAGGUCUGGAGCAGCUCAUCCAAAAAGAGGAGCUUCAGGGAGAGAUUGAGAAAUUGAAGCAGAAGCUGCAAGAAGCUCUGGAAGAGGCAGAGCGACUAAGACAAGAGAAGGAGGCCUCGAGCAAGGAAGGGGAAACCAGCUUUGGCAGCUCCUUGCAAGCACUCAGCCCCUUGAUGGUGCCUGUGUACCUGCUCCUGGGCCUCAUUGCUCUGCUGGCCUGA